AUGUCAAUCAAGGCUCGUCCCGCAUUACGUUACCGGUCAUGUGUCAGCGCUCCGCCCGCGUUACCAUGGAAACGCGUCCUGCCCUGUCACAGCGGAGCUCGCGCUGAUAUAGCAGCAUCUGGAAUGAAUGUGAAAAUGUGCCUAGAAGCAUUGAUGGUGUUAACUGCUUUCCUUGCUAUAAUUGAUGCAAAUGAAUAUGCAGGAUUACCUCCCAAUUGCAGAGAUGAAAUCCCACUUCAUUUGCUAAAGAAGAGGAUCAGCAUCACACAUCCUUCAAGUAUUUUCUCAGUGCUGGAAAGACGUGAUCAAAAGCAAAAUCACAGCUGCCCAGCGUGGUCUCCUGAACUACUGGCAAGUUCACACAUUGAGAAUAGGUCAUUCUCACCUUGGAGCUACAGGAUUAAUAAGGACCCUAAACGUAUCCCUGCAACGAUUCCAGAAGCUGUUUGCUGUUGUGGCUGCAUCAGCUUUAGCAAGAUGAAGCAUACACUGGAUUACAUCUUACCCGUGACAACUACCAUGCAGGUCUAUUAUCACACAGCCCGUGGAGAACAUAAGUUUCAGUAUGAAACUAAAUGGAUUGAAAUUGCUGUUGCUUGUACGUGCAUCUCUCCAAAGAUGGGUUUAAUUAAUCAUUAUUCGUAG